UUGAAUUCGCGUGGCUCACGUCCCCAUUGCGCGGGUCUGUCAAAAAAUAUCUGCCCCAUAAGUGUGUGUACAGGCAACGAUUCAGCUAACGUUACUUUUUUCAUGAUGCUCCAGCUUACUAUUGAAGGACGGAAAAAACAUGCCAGAGGAGUUAACCGGUACGUUGUAAACAACAGUCCCUCUGCUUUUAGCGCCGUUAAAUUAGCAUAGCGUGACAAUCCAUAAAUUGGAUUAGCGCUAAGUAAAGCCACCAGUCAAUGGUAGUUUAGCGCACUUGCUAGCGUUAGCGCGGUGACGCGAACGAUAACCAGGGAGGCACCUUGCAGUGCAGACUUGAACAUAUACGGUUAACGUUACGUCUUAUAUUGACGAAGGUAUCUUAUCCGUCCUGCGUAAACCGACCUUGGCUUCAGCGGUGUGGUCUUCACCAGUUUUGGGCGUGUGCGAAACAACGCAGACGGUAUAUUACAAGCUUCUACGUUGACGUCACUGUCGGCGAUUAGCUCGUGCCUGGGGCAGUAACUUAUUUAGGUCAACAACAUGGACGGUUACGGUCAGCGGUUUGAAUCCACGACGGGGCGGGAGGGUAAACUCCAGAAGAAGAAGGCUUCCUCCAACAACAACUUUUGUUACGACGAUGGAGACCGCAAACCAAAGUUUCUGGACCGAUUCGCCAGCAUUCGGAUCCCCGGAAGUAAAAAGGAGCGGCCGCCCUUAUCGCAGGCGAAACACAACGCCAGUGACUGGUCCACUUCCUCAUCUGCCUCGCACCAGUUUGAGGAGCUCUCGUCAAAGAUCACCUCUGAAAAAGAGAUCUUGGCUCUGUUUGAAAAGAUGAUGGAGGACAUGAACCUAAGCGAGGAAAAAAAGACUCCUUUGAGAGAGAAGGACCUCAACACCAAGAAAGAAAUGGUCAUCCGGUAUAUUUUUACUGCCUCUAAAACGGGCAGCUUGAGAAGCAGCCACCAGAUAUCUCCCCAGGAGUUCCUGGGAGAGCUGAAGUCGGGGGUGAUGGAUGAACGCCUGUUUGCCUGUCUCGAUUCACUGCGAGUGUCUCUCACCAGCAACCCUGUCAGCUGGGUGCAGAGCUUCGGGCACGAGGGUCUCGGGCUGCUGCUGGACGUUUUGGAGAGGUUGCUUUCCAAGAAACCGCAAGAGAAGCUCGACAAGAAGAAUCAACAUAAAGUUGUCCAGUGUAUCAAAGCCAUCAUGAACAAUAAGUACGGCUUGGAUCGAAUCCUGGGAGAGGAGAAAAGUCUUGCGUUACUGGCGAGAGCCAUCGAUCCCUCCCAGUCUGCCAUGAUGACCGACGUGGUGAAGCUGCUCUCAGCCAUCUGCAUUGUGGGCGAAGAGAACACUCUGGAAAAGGUCCUGGAAGCAAUCACCACGGCAGGGGAGUGGCGAGCCUCGGAGAGGUUCAGUCCCAUUGUCCAGGGACUACGAGAUCGCUCGGUGCAAUUACAAGUGGCAUGCAUGCAGCUCAUCAAUGCACUAGUAACAUCCCCUGAUGAGCUGGACUUCAGGCUGCACAUCAGAAAUGAAUUUAUGCGCUGUGGCCUGAAAGAAAUAUUGCCGCUACUGACGACCAUCAGGAAUGAGGCCCUUGACAUUCAGUUAAAGGUGUUUGAUGAGCACAAAGAAGAGGACAUGCUGGAGUUCUCUCACAGGCUGGAGGACAUCAAGAGCGAGUUUGACGAUGUGGGGGAUGUGUUCAGCAUUGUGCAGAGCCUGGUGAAGGACAGCAGUGCGGAGCCCUAUUUCCUCUCCAUACUGCAGCACCUGAUGCUUAUUCGCAAUGACGACUUGGUCAGGCCCCAGUACUUUAAGAUCAUUGAGGAGUGUGUGUCUCAAAUUGUGCUUCACCGUAGUGGCACUGACCCGGACUUCGGUUACCGCAAGCGCCUCGAUGUGGACUUCAGCCACCUCUUAGAGGUGUGUAUAGAUAAAGCUCGAACAGAUGAAUAUGAACAAAGAGCUUCCGAGCUGGCACAGAAGUUUGAAGAGGAGUUUCUGAGUAGACAGCAGGCACAAGCCCAGCUGGUAAAGUGUGAUGAACAAAUCGCUGAACUCCAAGCCGAGCUGCAGGCCUUCAGGUCCCAGUUUGGGUCUGUACCGGUGGUUCUACCACCAUCGUCGUCCUCGACGCAGCCGCCCGGGCCUCCACCUCCUUCUGCCACACCAGGCAUGCCUUCUCACCCUCCUCCGCCUCCUCCGCCUCCCUUACCUGGUUGUCCCGCCCCACCUCCCCCACCCGGAGGGCCUCCUCCCUUUGGUGCUCCCCCUCCACCCCCUCUGGGCCUUGGGGGUUUUCUAGGCUCCCCACCUCAACAUGCACUGCCUUAUGGCCUGAGGCCGAAGAAGGAUUUCAAGCCGGAGACCGCCAUGAAGCGGCUCAACUGGUCAAAGAUUCGUCCCCAGGAAAUGUCAGAGGGCUGUUUCUGGGUGCAGGCAGAUGAAAACCAAUACGCAAAACCGGAAUUACUGGGCAGAGUCGCUGUCACUUUUGGUUCACAAAGAACAGCCAAAAAAGAAGAAGAGGAUCUGGAGGAUAAGAAAUCUAUAAAAAAGAGAAUCAAAGAGCUCAAGGUGCUCGAUCCCAAGAUUGCACAGAAUCUGUCCAUCUUCCUGGGUUCCUUCCGCAUUCCUUACCAGGAAAUUCGUCGGAUGAUAGUGGAGGUUGAUGAGGAGCAGCUCACUGAACCCAUGAUCCAGAACCUUGUGAAUCACCUACCGGAGCAGGAGCAGCUCAACGCCCUGGCCAAGUAUAAAAAUGAUUAUGCCAAUUUGUCAGAGCCGGAGCAGUUUGGGAUUGUGAUGAGCGGUGUGAAGCGGCUGCGUCCUCGCCUCAGCCACGUCCUCUUUCGGCUGCAGUUUGAGGAGCAGGUCAACAACCUGCGUCCAGAUAUCCUGGCGGUAAACGCCGCCUGCGAUGAGGUCAGGAAGAGCCGCGCCUUCGGCCGCAUGCUGGAGCUGGUGCUGCUGCUGGGGAACUACAUGAACGCCGGCUCCCGGAAUGCCCAGUCAUACGGCUUCGACCUCAGUUCCCUCUGCAAGCUAAAGGACACGAAGUCAGCGGACCAAAAGACCACGUUACUGCACUUCCUGGCACAAGUAUGCGAGGAGGAAUUUCCAGAUGUGAUCAAGUUUGUUGACGACCUGAAGCAUGUGGACCGAUCGAGUAGAGUUUCUGCCGAGAAUCUGGAGAAGAGCCUCAGGCAGAUGGAGAGGCAGCUGCUGCAGCUGGAGAGAGACCUGGAGACUUUCUCCUCCCCCGAUGACCCCGACGACAUGUUCUUCACUAAAAUGGCUAGCUUCAGCGAGGUUGCCAGGGAGCAGUACGGGAAGCUGGUGAUCAUGCACAGCAACAUGGAGACGCUGUACCAGAACAUGCUGGAGUACUUUGCCGUUGACCCAAAGAAGACUUCGGUGGAGGAGCUGUUCACCGAUCUCAGCAACUUCCGGGCCAUGUUCGCUCAAGCACUGAAGGACAACCUGAAGCAGAGGGAGACGGAGGAGAAACAGAGGAAAGCGCUGGCGGCAAAGGAGAAGGCUGAGCGUGAAAAGCAGCAGAGGAAGCAGCAGCAGCAGCAGAAGAAGAGGAGGUCGCUGGAAGUCAAUGCAGAGAAUGAUGAGACAGGUGUGAUGGAUAGUUUGCUGGAAGCCCUGCAGUCAGGAGCUGCAUUCAGAGACCGCAGGAAGAGAGCACCAAGACCCAGAGAUAACCAGCAGAAGACCAUCAGCCCCAGCUCCUUCCGCCAGGUUCUCAGGCCUGUUCAACAUGAAAACAACAAGGCACCUUUACAAAGGUCUCGCUCUCGGCAGAAUAUAAAUGCGGGUUCAGCGGCGGUGAAAGCGCCCCGUGCCAGGGAGGCCCAUAACGAGUCCGAGGGCCAUCCAUCCAGGGCCGCUGCGUGUGCAGAGUCAGGCCGCCGGUGCAAGAACACGGCGGGUGGCGGCCACUGGCUGGACAGAGAGCGGGUGGUGGAGAGAGCCAGGGUCAAGCCGCCUGAGAGGCAGACAGAGGUCCAAGCGGAGGCUGCGGCCUGCCAGACGCCCGCUGAUGGAGAGUCCGAUCUCGAGGCUCUGCUGGCCAGACUCCGGGCCUUGUGAAGCCCGUCCUCAAUCACCCGAGGCACGCAGCAGGCUUUCUCCGACACGCAUUAGCACACUCCAAUUGUGACCAAAAAUAUUUGCCGAAAAUGUCCUCACUAAGACAUUUUGACUCGUGAGGCACAAAGGACCAUUUGAUUACAAGUCUUAACGCUAAAUAACCACAAGGAAUUUUAAAUAGUAAGUGAUUUGUAUGAAUCCUAAAAGAAGAUCAAUGUAGGUUUAGGACAGUUGGUCACAUAAUGUUCUCAGAGAUAUAUAAUAUAUUUACAAAAGAUGUGAUUCAAUGGUUACACCUAAGCAUAUUAGUGUUAAACAUUACACUUUAAAAGAGAAAAUGCAGACCAAAUAGAUUUAAGUCUCUUCUUGAUCCUGUAAAGUGCACUGCCAAAAUUAAAGUCAUUUAUAUAUAAUUAAGAAGCAAAAUAUAUCCGUUUUUGUCUUAAAGUACAAUAUUUAAUAUAGUUAAGCCUGUUCUUUGCAAUCAUAUAUAAAAUAUUAAAUUACAUUUCUUCUCACGUUGGCGUUUUCCAUCAUUAGCUCCACUGUGUCACUUAUUUCAUAUCGUAAUAAUUGUUUUUCAUAUACUUGUUACAAUUACAGCUUCAUUUUACUUUCCAUAUUUAAUUAUUUUGUGUGUUUUUCUUUUGUCUUCUUUAAGUCUUUUCAUUUCUUCUGAUGUCUUUUAUAUUCAAAACAUUAAUCAAAAAAUUGUACACACACACACACACAAUACUUAUAGGAGUCAUUGACAAGUUGGUUUUGGUGGUGCUGCUUUGUUUCUGUGGCAAUGAGAACCUUUGUUCACAGUAAGAACAAGUCACUAUGUGAGAGUAUAAUUGUUAGAAAUGUGGCACAAAAACAAAAGUUCAUCCUCAAGUCGACCAGAACUGAUGCUGCCUUGGUUUCCCACCUCCCCACGACUACUCCCACCCUCACUGUGUUUGGUGUAUUCGCUCAAUUUUAUAGAAACAUUUACAAUAAAAUAAAACAAAACAAAAAAUGUUUCUUGUCUUUUUCAUUGAAAUUCUCAAUCAUAUAAGUGUUGUCCUACAUGUUUGUUCAUGAGCAGAAACACAGAUCAUCCCGAAAUAUUUGCAUUGAUCAAGUAAUUGGCUUUAUUAGUUUAUAUAUUUAACCCUCAGAUGUGUAUGUUUAUUAAUACUUGAUUAAUAAACAGAAAAUACCAGGUGAAAAAAGCAAAAGACCAACGCGAGU